GCAGCGAGAUUUAAUGCACUGGGUAACCAUCAACAGGACCGCCGGAAAGGCGCUUGGGAUGUAGGGAAGCCUCCAAUGGUUCCGUCUUCCGCCAAUAGUUAAGAUGGUGUCACCCAUGCUGCAAUUCAAGCUCUGUGUGCCUUUCCCAAGCUCAAAGGAGGCUGAGAUAGCCUAUAAUUCCCUGUGCCCCGAUGCAGAGCCUAGAAAAGGAGGUGUAAGCAAAACUCUGAGUGUUACAGACAAUAUUCUGCAUGUAAACUGGAAAGCAGAUGAAGCACGUAUCCUGCGUGUGUCUGUCAGUUCCUUUCUGGAACACCUAUCACUUGUUGUAUUGACUAUGGACAGAUUUGGCCCUCCUCUGGAUAAUCCCUGACAUGAUUAAACAGAUUCUUAUUGUUUCGUGAAUGUUCAAGCAUUUACUGAUUGACCUGAACAAAUUAUAUAACUAGUCCCUGAUUUAUGUACAAUGACAUAACUCCAGGGCCUUCUUCUGUUUAGAAUAUCAAGGUAUAUUGCUUUGACCUUAAUGUUGGGAUUUUAUGGAAGACUCUGCCCACUCAGCAAGGAUUUCACAUUGCUGACAACAUUUGAAAAUCUAAAAAUAAGUUUGUGGGUUACAAACUACUUUAACUUUAGCAUAUAUUUUUCUUUAAUGUCUUUCAUUUGUAGUAUGUGACCAUUCUGAUAAGAAUUGCAUUGCUGAUAUUUUACAUGAAUAAAUUAUUUUUUACAUCAGAUGUUGAACUGUUUAACAAUGCUGGUGUAUGCAUUUGGGUCACAGUAACAAAUAUAAGGGUACUCUGCUAUAUUUAAUGCAACCAGUUUCUAAAUUUGCUGCUCGAUAAUAAUAAAAAUAAUGUCACAAAUUGUAGAGGGGCGAGUCAUAAAGUAUGUUUUUAAAGGCUGAGCAAAACUAUCGAACACAAAGGGUGAAUUCAUAAAAGUGGAGAUUACAUUAUGUGGCAAGUUUUUUAUUUUUGAUAACCAGGUGUAGACACACCUAAAUAUUAUUGGUGCAUAAAAAACAAGAACUAGAACUACACUUUCAGGACAAUUAAAAUGAGUAAACACUGCAUGUCUUUUCACUUUAAACUACACAUUUUUACAAACUUUUUUUCCCUCAAAUAUUGACUCAAAACUUGCACUGUACAGCAUAUUUUCUCCCCACAUGGUCUUGUGCGUAAAGAAAAGUCAUCCUAAAAUAAAAUGACCUUAUGUUAA